ACUAUUCGACUACCAUUUGGACGAGCGGUUGAACAGUAUCUUUACUCACUUCUUAUCUCUCAUAGCAUCCGAUACAAAGUUCAAAGCAAAAAGAGAGUAAAUGAUGCAGUAAAACAAGGGCUUAUAACAGUUGAAUGUGUAGAAGACCAAUGUAAAUCGACAAAUCGUCUCGAUGAUGUUUUGCAGCUUACUAAAAAUGGAAAACAUCGAGUUCAACAAAUACGUGCUAAUGAAGAAAGUGGUUGUCAGAGAUCUUGUGGUGGAAUUGGUAAAUGUGUAGAAACAUGUAAUCACUAUGCAAAUGAACAUAACAUUGAUACUGAUUUUCCAGUGCAUAUGAUUAUUAAAAGAAACCAUGUUCUACAAAAUAUUAUCCAAGAAAAAACUGUGCCGUCUCAAAUUAAUUUGAGUCGAGAAUUACUUGCAUCACAUAAUAGUGCAUCACAAAAUGAACUUGAACAUCUAUAUCAUCAACACUUUAUAUGUGAUGAGUUAAAGCUUCAUCAACUUAUUGAAAGAGAUAAUUUACGCACACGAAGACAAGUAGACACAAAUGCACCCGAAAAUAGUUUAGAGAGAUAUUAUCAACUUACCUUGAGUGAUGAUUUAUGGCUUCAACAAGCACGUGACUUUGGUUUCUUUUGCUUCAGUAUCGAUGGCAAGUAUGAUUUAAACAGUAACGGGGCUCUGAUUUUGUCUCUAGUUGUUGAAGAUAAUGCAAGAUAUGGAAUGCCAAUUGCAUUUAGAGUAUCAAACAAAGAAAAUAACUAUACUAUUAGACUUGCCAUAGAGGCAGUUCAACGAAAUGUUCCAUGCAAUAAUUUUGACUGUUUACAUGAGUAUCAUUAUGAAGAUCUAUCAAAUGGCAAAGGAUUUAUGAGAGUUCGGAAUUGUGCACCAAUAUGGCAACUAUUUGCAAUGAUCGAUAAACAUCGACCAACAAAGCGGGGACUACAACCUAUUUUACAUGGUUUAAUCUUAUGCUGGUUCUAUAUAAUGCAAACAUUCAGUGUACACCUUAAAGACCUGCGAAUUGAUAAUCGUUACUGGUACCCCAUCGCUAUUGCUUUUAAAAUAGUAGGUAGAAGUAGAAGUAAGGAGGAAGCUUUGGAGCUUGGUGAGGCUUAUAAAACUUUUAUUAAAUUUUUGCCACUUACUGAGAUCGCAAAAGAAUUUUUUGGUCGAAUGCCAUUACUAAAUGAUGUGCCAGGUGUUAGGCCAAUGACUACAAAUAAUCUUACUGAACGAAUGAAUAAGUCAAUUGAAGGUCAACGCAUAGGCACUCAGCCAAUUAACCAUUUUAUCGAGAGGCUAUAUGGCAUUACUUUAGUGUGA